AUGGCGCUCCCUGUCGCUUGUCACAAAGUCAUCGAUCUGAACUGGAAAAUAGCGUACGGCGUCCUUUACACCGCCCAGCGUCUUUCUUCAUUUGGUCUGGCUGUCCCUUUACCGUGUUUUUGUGGCGUCCCGGUAGAAUCACUCGAGCACUUGUUCUUUUCCUGUGCACUUGCUCAGAGUGUCCUCUCCUGGGUGCAGUCUCUCAUGUUCUGUUACUCUCCCAUGUGUCCUGUUCUUUUUCCUCGUCACCUACUUUUUGGUUUUCGCUCUGAUGAGCCUGUUGUCAUUUCGCACAUCUUCGUCUACACACUCAACGUUUCUAAGUUUUGUAUCUGGCAAUCCCGUAAUAAUUCUCGUUUUCGUAACACUCUUCCUGGCGCUGUGGCGGUUAUCGCCUCCAUCGAAGCACGUCUGAAAUUUUAUCUCCCCAUCUUGUUCAAAAGGUUCAAGUCAGACAGACGCCGUCUCUUUUUUCACCGGCAGUGGGGCGCCCGUGGAACCAUAGCUUCUGUUGUGAACCGCUCUCUGGUCUUUUCUAUCUAA